AUGGUGACGCAGCUAGAGAAGCAGGAGGACGAUCCCGUGGAGAAGACCAAGUCUCUGAUCUCUGCUCUCAACUACGUUUCUCGCGACCUCCUCUUGCCUUCUCACCUCUACGAUUCCGUCUCUUCCAUCUACCAUGCCUCUCUCUCCCCUCCUCCUGAAAAUCCUUCGACUCCUCAUGGAGGUGACUUGAUGAGCGAGUUCGAAGAUGCACUUUUGAAGCAGCGACCAAACUGUGAAUCAGGAUCUCGACUCACCGAGUUAAAGGAAGUUCGGCAUAAGACUCAUAUCCAGCACCGAUUAUCCGAACUUGAAGGAUUACCUUCCACUAGAGGCCAAGACUUGCAGGAUCAAUGCUUACUUGAGCUCUAUGGGCUUAAGCUACGAGAGCUACAAUGCAAAGUUCGGGAUGAAGUGAGCUCGGAAUACUGGCUACGUUUGACCUGUGCACAUCCCGAAACCCAACUCUAUGACUGGGGCAUGAUGCGGUUGCCUCGCCCUUUCUAUGGGGUUGCAGAUCCUUUCUCUCUGGAAGCUGAUGAUCAUUUCAGAUACAAGCGUGAUGCUGAGAGGUUAUCACGGUUAGAAGAAGAGGAGAAGAUUCUGAUUGAAACAACACAGAGGAGAUUCUUUGCAGAAGUAUUCAAUGGUGUUCGUGAAUUCCAGUUGCAGACUCAGGUGUCUCAAAAACGCCGUAAGCAAAGAAAUGAUAAUGUUCUGGCAUGGCAUGGAAGACAAAGCAAACGUGCUACCCGAGCUGAAAAACUAAGGAUCAUGGCGCUUAAAUCAGAUGAUCAAGAGGCAUACAUGAAACUAGCAAAGGAGAGUAAGAACGAGAAACUAACCUUGUUUCUUGAGGAGACAAACAAAAUCUUUCUUAGUUUGGGAGCUGCAGUUCAGCGUCAGAAAGAUGCUAAACUUACACAAGGCAUCAACAUACCGGAAGGCUCAGAAUCUGACCAAGAUAUUGAGAUCAUUGAGGCUGACAAUAAUGAUGAUUCCAAUGACUUACUACAAGGCGAGAGGCAGUAUAACUUGGGUAUCCAUUCAGAACAAGAGAAGGUGACGAAGCAGCCAUCCCUUCUACAAGGUGGGGAACUAAGAUCCUACCAAUUAGAAGGGCUUCAAUGGAUGGUCUCUCUAUACAACAACGGCUAUAAUGGAAUUUUAGCUGAUGAGAUGGGUUUGGGAAAGACUAUCCAAACCAUUGCACUGAUUGCGUAUCUUCUUGAGACUAAAGAUGUGCCUGGGCCUCAUCUCAUAUUGGCUCCAAAAUCUGUGCUACCAAAUUGGGAAAAUGAGUUUGCAGCAUGGGCUCCCAGCAUUGCCGCUUUUCUUUACGAUGGACCGAAAGAGAAAAGGAAGGAAAUUAAAGCAAAAAUAAAUGGGGGAGGAAAAUUUCACGUGCUGAUAACCCACUACGAUCUUAUCCUGAAAGACAAAACGUUUUUGAAGAAAAUUGAAUGGAACUACAUGAUUGUUGAUGAAGGGCAUCGGCUGAAGAACCAUGAAUGUACUCUCGGAAAGACUCUAGUAACAAAAUAUCGUAUUAACCGCAGACUUCUACUAACUGGGACUCCCAUACAGAACAGUCUGCAAGAACUAUGGUCGCUGUUUAAUUUUAUCCUUCCUCAGAUCUUUAACUCGGUUCAGAAUUUCGAAGAAUGGUUUAAUCCUCCUUUCGCAAAACGUGGUACUGUCAGUCUUACAGAUGAGGAUGAAUUGUUGUAUAUUAAUCGCCUGCAUCAUGUCAUUAGGCCGUUCCUACUGAGAAGGAAAAAAAAUGAAGUUGAGAAAUUCCUUCCUGGGAAAACACAAGUCAUACUGAAGUGUGAUAUGUCGGCUUGGCAAAAAUUGCGUUACAAACAAAUUACAGAAAAAGGCAGCGUUGGCCUUUAUUCGGGGAAUGGGAAACCAAAGAGUCUGAAGAAUCUGACAAUGCAAUUACGAAAGUGUUGUAACCAUCCCUACCUAUUCGAUAUUGGAGGAGAGUAUAACAUGUGUACGCCAGAGAUUGUGAGAGCUUCAGGGAAAUUUGAGCUACUUGAUCGCCUCCUUCCUAAACUGAAAAGAGCCGGACACAGAGUUCUUCUCUUCACUCAAAUGACUCGUGUCAUCGACCUUCUCGAAACUUACUUGACACUCAAUGGUUACGAUUACCUCAGGCUCGACGGUACCACAAAUCCAGACCAAAAAGGGGUUUCACAGAAGCAAUUUAACGAACAGGACUCUCCCUACUUCAUGUUUCUCUUGAGCACACGUGCAGGUGGUCUUGGCUUGAACUUGCAAACUGCAGACACUGUUAUUAUGUUCGACAGCGAUUGGAAUCCACAAAUGGACCAGCAAGCGGAGGACCGUGCCCAUCGGAUAGGGCAAAAGAAGGAAGUGAGAGUGUUUGUUUUGGUUAGCAUUGGCUCCAUUGAAGAAGUGAUAUUGGAGCGUGCGAAGCAAAAGAUGGGCAUUGAUGCCAAAGUCAUACAAGCAGGGCUCUUCAACACAACUUCUACUGCUCAAGACAGGAGAGAGAUGCUGGAAGAGAUCAUGAGGAAAGGAACGAGCUCACUAGGGACAGAUGUACCGAGUGAAAGAGAGAUUAACCGGCUUGCAGCUCGAACUGAGGAUGAGUUUUGGAUGUUUGAACAAAUGGACGAGGAAAGACGUCAAAAGGAGAACUACAGGACACGUCUCAUGGAAGAAAAGGAAGUUCCUGAAUGGGUUUACACUUCACAGACUCAAGAAGACAACUCCAAGGAUUCGAAUUCCUAUUUUGGUAGCGUCACGGGUAAGCGGAAGCGAAAAGAAGCGGUGUACAGGGACUCGUUAAGCGAGUCGUAGUGGAUGGAAGCGAUGGAGAGUGAAGAAGAAGAGGAAGAAGAAGAAGAGGAUGCUUCAAAGCCUCUCAGAAACAAAAUAAGAAGCUCAAACGGAAGAGAAUUCAACUAAUUAAAAUGUGACAUGUGUUUAAAGGGGUUUUUAGGGGUAUUUCACAAGUUUUCAUUUGAGAUACCCAUUCAUUUUUCUCUUAUACAUUUUUUUUUUUUUUUGAGUUUGAGAUACCUAUUGAAAACUAUAAUUCUGGAAUGAGCUGACAUAAGGAUUUCUUUCAAAAACGAAAGAAAAAAAUUUAAGGGUGAAUUAUUGGGGGA